GUGGAUCAGGAGGUAGUGGAUCAGGAGGAAGCGGCUCCUCUCCUUCCAACAGCAGCCCGUUUGGGAGUGGAAGUGGUUCAGGGGGUAGUGGGGGCGGCUCUGGAAGCGGUGGAAGUGGUUCAGGAGGUAGUGGGGGCGGAACUGGUGGCAGUGGUGCCUCUGGAGGUUCUAACCCUGGCGGUAUCACCUCGAGCGUAGGCGGGAACUCGGGUCCUUCCACUGGAGGUUCAGGAGGUAGCGGCUCCUCCCCUUCCAACAGCAGCCCGUUCGGCAACAGCCCCUCUAGUUCUGCGGCAGGUUCAGCUGGAGCUUCGAACUCUCAACCAUCCGGCAGCGGGGGCGGGAGUCUCACGCCUCCUAAAGGAGGGGCAGCCGGAUCAGCGGCAUCGCCAAACCAACAAGUACAGG